AUGGCAGCGCUGAUAAAGAAACGUGCUUUGGCUGAGUACAGCCAAGUUAUUCAGAAUACAGGAGACGAUGUCUCACCAGACAAUGAAGUAGCACUAGGUGUUUCGGCUGCUUCCAUUGCGACACCAGACCUUCCUGGGGCCACUCAGCAAUGGAGGUUACAAGACUCUUGCACAACAGCACCAGAUUCGUCGAAAUCCCAUCGUGUGGUCAGUCAGUUAGUCGACACCCUGACCGUUGUUGGUAAAAGUCAGUACCACAAUACUGAAGUACAAGAAAAAUUACUGUCCAGUGUUUUUAAGCUCCUGUCCGAUUCCAGUCAUUUGGUGAGAAGCAGCUGCCUUGAUUUCCUCGGUAAACUUGGUACCACAGACUGCCAACACCAUCGGAGCCACCAACCUCUACAGAAGAUUUUGGCUGAUCAUAUGUACGACAUCGAUUCUAGAGUGCGCAGGAGUGCAUUCAAUGCUGUGCUGAACCUUCAUCAACGUGGCAUUCAGGUGGACUUAGCCAUGUAUGACCACUGUUGCCGUUCACUGAAGGACGACUAUGAAGAUGUUCGGAUGGCAGCUAUCAAGUUGAUCUGGGUUCUGUGCCACCUGUACCCUGAGAGUACGGUUCCUGUGACUGACACCUGUGAAGAGAUUCGAUUGGUCGAUGAUGGCUUUGUCAAGAUCUGUAACAGUAUCAACGACUUCUCUAUGAAAGUUCGCAAGGAAGCGGCAAGUCUUUUGGGUUCACUUCAUCUGGUUAGUCCCAAAUUCUUGGAACAGACCUUAGACAAGAAACUGAUGUCAAAUAUGAGGCGCAAACGUACAGCUCAUGAACGGGCCCGUGAGAACUACAUGUCUGGUGAGUGGUCAACAGGGAAGAUUUGGGCUGACGAUGCCCCGAAAGAGGCACUGGACCCGGACAGCAUCAGUCUGAUGAACAGCGGGGCCUGUGGAGCCUUCGUCCAUGGGUUAGAGGACGAGUACCUUGAGGUCCGCAACGCUGCAUUGGACUCCCUGUGUGAGUUGUCUGUGAACUCUCCCUCCUUCGCGCGUCUGUCCCAGGACUGCAUCAUCGACAUGUUCAACGAUGAGAUCGAGAGUGUGCGUCUGAACGCCAUCAACAGCAUCCGCAAGGUCAGCGCACAUUUGGAACUGCGAGAGGACCAGCUGGACAUCAUCCUCGGAGUUUUGCAGGUAAGUGGAAUUGUCCUUGUCUUGCAAUGUGACUUGCUCUUAGCCCUAUGUAAUUAUGUCACACCUGUAAUCAAUUUAUGGCUUUGUUAUUGUAACAGGUGUAUGAAGAAGCUUGGCGAGAACGUACCAAACUUGACCCUGUCCCUUGCACCUGACCUGUUGUGUAUUCAACCUUAUUUCAGCACACCUGAGCCAGAUAUUGAAGAUCCUGCUUAUUUAAGUAUUUUGGUGUUGGUCUUCAAUGCUGCGUCUUGUAUUCCGACCCUUUUGCCAAUGUUCAGUGAAUAUGUCUGGCGUCAUUAUAGUUACCUACGAAAGAGCAUCCCAGAUCUUGUGGCCCCAUUAUCGCAUCCCAGCAGUCAGUUUGUCGUGGAAUCGGAAGUAUCGUCAGAUGCAACCGAAGAUAUGACGACGUUCUUUAAUCAAACCUCGGCUCGUUUGGAGACCCUCGGUCGAUUGGACGACAGCGUAGCACAGCAUCUGUUGCAGAUGACCUUGAAAGAUCUGGAUCAUGUCUCUAAACUCGGCACCAAAUUCUCAGCUUCUGCAGAAUUUAUGCACAAAUUUGUGCAGUGUCAGUUGAUGCUGAGUCAGGUUGUUUCCAAGACAAUCCAUUUCUUCUGUGAGAUGUCCACCUCCGAUACCCUGAUGUCUUCGUUAGACAAGGUUCUGCUGCUGACGGAAGAACUGGAGAAGCUGUUCCUGGGUGUUGGAGUCAGCGAACUGGGUCUUGUGCACCAGACUCGACUCAAGGCGUCGGCCGUGAUGCUGACUCUGGUGUUGUGCAGGUGUGACGAAGCGGAGAGCAGCCAAGCGUGUCGUAACUUCCUGCAGAUGAUGCAGCAUGUGCAAAAGUUCCUAACCAUCAACAAUGCCACACUUGACCGUUUCCUGUCGGAGCUAUUCAGCAAGCUGGACGGCGUCGAAGAUGUCAAGCCAGUUGUGCUGCACAAACUGGUGCAGAACGACAUGUCGCUAAUGCAACCACAAGCGCUACACAUAUCGAACCGAUUGUGCAAGGUCGAAGUCAUCAUCCACGAGCCAACCAGAACCUCCGACAACCCCCUCAAGUUUACAGCCGGCCUCACUGCUGCGCUGCCCCUCCAUGCCAGCAUCAACAACAUACAGGAUGUUUCGUCCAUCCGUGCUUUGGUGAAAUAUCCGGACCUGGAGACCCAAUUAGUAAAACUGAACUUCAAUGAUUUCCGUAAACUUGGUCCUCUUCGUUACAAUCUUGUCACAAAUGUCAUCCUCUCCCAUAGACUCUGGUCCGAACCAUGUCACGUGGAAGUGUCCCUGGUCUUGUGCAGCGAACCCGGUUACCAGCCCAUAUCCAGCAGCAACAAAACAGGACUCUUCACUCUGCAACUGUCGAAACCGGUCACAGUACUCGUUGCUACGAAACCCAUCAAAUCUUAGCCCAAGGCUGCUCUCUUCUGCAUACCCACGCACUCAUAUGUGUGUGUGUGUGCGCAUGUGUGUGUGCGUGCAUGUGUGUGUCUGUGUGUGCGUGUGUAUGUACAUGUAUAUAUCAGCAUGUAUAUAUAUACACACAGAUCAUUAAAUGAUAGUGGUGAUGAUGAUAUACAAUGAUGUAUGUAUAUAUAUAUAUAUAUAUAUAUAUAUAUAUAUAUAUACAACCAUAUAUAUAUGUGUGUGUGUGUGUGUAUAUAUAUAUAUAUAUAUACAACCACACAUAUACAUAAAUAUUUCCACCCAUAUGUACAUAUAUAUAUGUAUGUAUGUAUGUAUGUAUUUAUAUAUAUAUACAUGUAUAUAUAUAUAUAUAUAUAUAUAUGUGUGUGUAUGUGAAAGAAAAGUAUCUGUGGGAGUCAAUGCGAGAGGUGAGUGUGUGUGUGCAUGAGUCUACGAAAACCAAAAUCUUGUCAAUUGUUCCGUAACUUCUGUUCAUCAAUAAAAACCCUUUUUCCAUCAA